CUUGGUUAUGGAAAGUGGAAAACCCGAAGCCGAUCCGGGUUCACCAUCCCGCAAUCUCCCUUAGCUCAUCAUCCGGCGUCACCAAAGUUUCUUUUUCUUUUUCACCUUAGUUCAUCCUUUCCACGUUUUCUAUUUUCUCGACUCCUUCAACAAUCGACCCGCCACAAAAACCCCCGCCCCACACCCCACUUCGAUUUUUCAGUCCCGAAAUUCUACGUACUAGCGGAGGGCGAACAGUGCUGGAUGGAAACACAAUGGCCGCUGCGCAGAACGGAACCGUGUUGCACGAAGAGGCAGACAUGAAGCCUAACAACUCUGUGUCCGAAGACGAAACCCCAGAUCACAUCGGUUCAAACGGGUCCACUCCCACUGGAAUCGCUACCCCUCAGCCGGAUCCCGCAGACAAGCGUCUGCCCUCCAUCAUGCACAACUACUUCCAGGUUGGUUCCUUCUCCGGUGAUCGAUUAAGUCUACCGCGUCUAUGGCCUUGUCUGGCGAAACCCUUGUCGGAGCAACCAGACCCGGGCGCUUCUUCCGAGUCCUUUGUCGUUUUGGAUCGAGAGGAGGGGUCUGAUAAGAUCGAGGCAAAUUUGCCUACACCCCCCCAUUCUCUAUUACAGUCAGAUGAGAUGGAUCUCAGUUCGAGUCCAGACAUGACUGCGGGGUCGAUUUUUAAUACCCUCAAGAAAUACCUCAUCCCCCAUGAACAUGAAUCUCCUUCCCGCCGUCAAACUUCCCUACCAGUUUCUAGCGUUUCAGACGAUCCCGUUCUUGCCACACACUUCUCCAAUCCUUCUCUCCCUGCACAAGACGCCUGUUCCCUCACCGAAACAUCCUUCCUCGACCACGGGAAACCGCAUGUCUCAGUAUCUUCCGAGAACCUUACCAAGCUGACUGGAACCGCACCCGAUGCGGUGCGUCUAAAGAAUACCCCGCCGCUCACCCCCCGUACCAUGUCCAACGAAGAGGAGAAAAAGACCCCAGUGACCUCGGCGCCCCGCAAAUCUGACUCCGAAACCGAACCCGAGAAUGAGGAAACCAAGGCCGCGACCCCGGACACCUCCACCGAUGAAAUCACCAUGAAGCUUGAUGAGGCAUUUCCCCGCCAACCCUCCCCCCAGAAUGGACCCCCCGUGAGCCCGCUGAAGGGCAAACUUACCGUGAAAAUCUCCGAAGGCCGAGGCCUGCGUCCUAGUGUGGAUCCGUAUGUGGUGUGCGUGUUCGAAUGGAACGAAUAUAUCUCCAAGGGUACCAAGGAUGGAGAAGAGGAAGACGAGAAGCAGCGGCGCCAGAUCGAGUCGGACGCGGAGGCUGGUCGGCCAAUGGCCAUUCCGAUGCGAAGCCGUCAAAGCAGUAACAACAGUGCUUUUGAGGGCGCUGACAAGGGCAAGUCGCCUGUCACAGAUCCCCAUUGGGAUCACGCGGCUGUAUUUGAUGUUCUCGGUGAUCAAUCCGAAGUCGACGUCACCGUGUACGAUCGUCACAACCAAGAAGCGUUCCUCGGCCACGUGCGACUUGGAAUCAAUCUGAAAGAGGAUCACAGCCGACUGGAGGGCUGGUUCCCCUUGGUCGCUCGUGGUGCCGGAGACAGCCUGGUGUCGGGUGAAAUCUACCUUACCAUGACUUUUGAAAUGACCGAGCGGAAACAGGUUGGCCCGAGUGAUUUCCAGAUUCUGAAGCUCAUCGGCAAGGGAACCUUUGGUCAGGUGUACCAAGCCAAGAAGAAGGAUACCGAGCGCGUUUAUGCCAUGAAGGUUUUGUCGAAGAAGGUGAUUAUCCAGAAGAAAGAGGUGGUCCACACUUUGGGAGAGCGAAACAUCCUUGUUCGCACGGCGAUGGCUUCGUCUCCUUUUAUCGUGGGCCUCAAGUUUUCUUUCCAGACACCUUCAGACCUCUACCUUGUGACGGACUACAUGUCCGGUGGUGAAUUGUUCUGGCAUCUGCAGCGCGAAGGCCGCUUCCAGGAGGCUCGGGCCAAGUUUUACAUUGCCGAACUGAUUCUGGCCUUGCAGCACCUUCACGACUAUGACAUUGUUUACCGUGAUCUGAAGCCGGAGAACAUUCUGUUGGACGCUAAUGGCCACAUCGCUUUGUGUGAUUUCGGUUUGUCCAAGGCCAAUCUGACACAAAAUGAUACCACGAACACCUUCUGCGGCACCACCGAGUAUCUCGCCCCCGAGGUUUUGUUGGAUGAGCAAGGAUACACCAAGAUGGUCGAUUUCUGGUCCUUGGGUGUUUUGGUGUUUGAGAUGUGCUGUGGCUGGAGUCCGUUUUACGCCGAGGAUACCCAGCAGAUGUACAAGAACAUUGCCUUCGGCAAAGUGCGAUUCCCCAGAGAUGCUCUCAGCACCGAGGGUCGAAACUUUGUCAAGGGUCUGCUGAACCGAAACCCCAAGCACCGCCUGGGAGCCAAUGGCGAUGCGGCCGAGCUCAAGGCGCAUCCAUUCUUCCAUGACGUUGACUGGGAGGCACUAGGCAAGAAGCAGGUGAUCCCGCCAUUCAAGCCUAAGCUCAAGUCCGACCUCGACACCUCCAACUUCGAUCCCGAAUUCACCAAUGCCCUUGAGAACAACAACUCCUUGAAUGACCGCGCCGCAGCCCUCGCCAACGGGCUGAUGCCUGCUGGUACACCGCUUUCUCCUGGCAUGCAGGCUAACUUCAAGGGCUUCACAUUUGUGAACGAAAGCUCAAUCGAUCACCACGUGAAGGACGGUCCCGAGGACGAGGACGAAGAGGAUAUGGUUGAUGAAGACACCGUCCUUGCCGGAUCGUGGCGAUCCCACAGACCGACCAACUCGUCGGAACUACGCAUGGGCGGUGUCAAGACAUCUGACGGCGCCGACCCCGGCAUUUUUAACGUUGAUGAGAACUUUUGAUGUGACUACGCUUUCCCUUAGUUUAUUCCACAUUGCAUGAUCAUGGAGUCUUGAUCUUGUUUUGUACAUGUCUUUAGGUGCAUCCCCUUGUCUACUCAGAUCUGGUUCAUUGUUCAUUGU